AAAGAAAUAAAGAAAGGAAAAGAAAGAAAAAAAAAAAGAAGAAAAAAAGAGAAAAAUUAUAUUUUUGUAAAAUAAUUUUGAAGUGUGGUUCCAAUGUGGAGAUAGUAUAAUAUCAUCUACGUUCAUGUUACCUCAUGAUUUGUUUGUGCAGGCCUAAAAAGUAUGGCGACGUGGGAAAGUGAUAAUAUAAAUGACGAUGAAAAUGCCGAUGGUAUUAAUGAUAAUUUCAACGAUAUUAUUGUCGUACCUGAUUUGCAGGAUUACUUGGACGAUAGUUUAGAUUUACCUAGUUUCAGAAAAGUUUACGAACAAUCAGAUGUAUUUGAAUAUGGAAAACACUCCGAUGAUGAACAUGUUAAUAAUGAAAGGCUAUCUAACAACAACAGUACAGGGCACGUCCAUCAUACAAUUUGUCCUCAAGAAAUUCAUAUGCAUAUUCAUUCCAAAGAAAUUUAUACGUCAUCCGAUGAUCCCCUGCAUAAAACUAUCGUCAAUAAUAAUGUAGACAUGGAUACCAAUCAAAAGCAUAUUAAUCGUUAUAAUUGUGAAUAUGAAGGAUGUCCUAGAACUUAUAGUACAAUUGGAAAUUUACGCACUCAUAUUAAAACUCACAAAGGCGAGUUUCGAUUUAAAUGUGCAGAGCCAGGUUGUGGAAAGGCUUUUCUCACAUCAUACAGCCUAAAGAUUCACUCUAGGGUACAUACAAAAGUAAAACCAUUUGAAUGCACCCACAAAGGCUGUGGGAAAGCAUUUAAUACCCUUUACAGAUUGAGAGCUCACCAAAGACUUCACAGUGGCAAUACAUUCAACUGUAAAGAAAUUGGCUGUAUUAAAUUCUUCACUACUCUAAGCGAUCUCAAGAAACAUGUUCGUACUCAUACUCAAGAAAGACCUUACAAGUGUAGAGAAAAAGGUUGUGGAAAAGCUUUUACAGCUUCACAUCAUUUAAAAACACACAAGAGAACACAUACAGGUGAACGACCUUACACAUGUACCUAUAAGAAUUGCAAACGAUCGUUCACUACUCCUCAUAGUUUAAAGAGUCAUAUUAAAACUCAUAAUAAGAUUGUUAAUAACGAAGACGUGAGUCAACAAGAUUCAAUAGACAAUAGUAUUGAAAACCAAAGAGAUAAAUCCCAAAUUGUAAAGGAUAUAGGAAAUGAAACGGAUUGUGUCAAUGAUGCAACAACUGCAUCGUCUUUUGAUAUUUCAUUACCUUCGGAUGACGCACAAGAACAUAAAAAUAUAGCGUAUAUCGCGGCUGAAGAUAGCAACGAACACAUAUCUGAAACUUCGAUAUUAAAUAUUUUGAACGAUAAUUCAAUAAAUAAGGAAUUAGAAUAUAACAUUGACAAUGAAAUAAUAAAUUGUCCAAACGAGACUAUAACUGUUAAUCUUCUUUCAACUGAUAAUAUUCUUAAUAGCUUUGAUCGUCAGACAAUUUGUAAUUUUGAUAACAAAGAUUAUAAAAAAUUUCAUCAAGUCGAGGAUUCCAACAUGAAGUCUAACAUAACAGAUAUAAUAAAGGUUGAAAACGAAAUAUACGAGCCUGAAGUAUUGCCAUGUUCUUUGAACAAAUUGCACAACGAUAUGAAUGAUCAUAAAUCGCCUAAUCCGUUAAAUUUAGAACAGAAAAUUAUCCAAGACGGUUUACAAAGUACGAUAGCCGAGAUUUCGGAAGGUACACAUUUUAAUAGUAAACCAUUGGUUCGUGAAAAUGAUUUUAUUAAUAAUCUGAUGAAUGAAACGUUGAAAAAUAAAAAUGAUAAUGCAGCUACAUUAUACGACAGCGAUACUAGUCAAGACAGAAAUAUAUUGAAUUCAUCAGACACUGUGCAGCUUUUUAAUGAAGAAUUAGAAAACCUUUCAUUCAUCCAUGAUGCAAAACUACAAACGGAAUCUCUCGAAAUAAUGACUCAUUCCUUGGCAUCUAACGCAUUAAUAAAUGGCCCAUCAGAGGCUGUGGAAUUAGCUAUAGCAUCUGAAGAAGAAAUACCUUCAGCUUGGGUAGAUGUUACAGCAUUGGCUACAGCACCUGUGCUCAAGACUGAAUCUUGGUCAGAAUUGAACGCCUUUCCUACAGCGGUACAUUCGUUAGUAGAUUUAGUAGGACCUGAUCCUUAUCCAUUAGAAAUAGAAAACCAAUUUCAUACUGCACACAAUUUAGAAAUGGUUAAUGCAGUAAGUAUAGAUACUGCUAUUUCAAACCCCAUUGUAACUAAGUCUAAAGAAAAUGAAAAUGACGUACAUAAGGUUGAUUACUUAAGAUAUAAAAAGCAUAGAAAUGUUUUACAAGAGAUUGCAGCCGAUGCAGACAUUUGUAAAUGCAUUGAUUGUAAAUGUAAUCACUUGCAGAAUUGUCAAGAUUGCACUAACAACUCUACCGUAUCUGGUAUUGCCAAAAAAGAUAUAUCACUGAUAAAUAUUAAUAAUGAAUGUUUAUUAGAAUGUGCUUGCAAUUCCAUUUCUGGAAAUGGUGAAUCUUGUUGCGUGGUAGUUUGCUUGCAAACUUUACAGCAGCUUCAAAAAAUAUUUAAUGCUAAUUGUUGUAGAGACGCUAACGCCGAUAUUUGUUGUAAAGAAAAAUCUUUGUUAUCAUCGUUAAAAUGCCAAUUGACUAAGAAUCAAUGAAGAGUACAAAAUCGUGUGAAAUAAACUAGUCAUUGAAAAAGAAAAAAAAGUACAGUGUAAACUUAUGUAUAAAAAAAAAGAAAAGAAAA